CACGUUCGUGUUGACAAAAUCCGGGGAGUCCGUGUAAACUGAGGGAGUAUCAGAAAACAGUUGAUUUCAGAUACUAAUCCAAGGCCCUCGCCAGGGACACUGCUGUUAUAUACUUUUUAAAAAUCCAUUCAGUUUCCCUACUGAAUUCUGUUUUAAUUGAGAGAAGAUCGAGUGACAUUGGGACGGAGUCUAUUCCUCCAAGACCAACCCGAGUCCUGCAGUUCUUACAGCUUUCAGAAACGUAUAUCCUUCAAUGUCUUGUCACACGUUUGUGGCUUUACCUCAAGCAACAGUUGAUCAGAUUAUUUUUGGAAAGAACUCAAACAGGCCUUCGGAUGAAGUCCAGGAAGUUGUAUUCUUUCCUAGGGCAACCUAUCAACAAGGAGAUCAGGUUGAGUGCACAUAUAUAAAGAUCGAUCAAGUUGGAAAGACACAUGCUGUUGUUCUUAGCCGUCCAUCUUGGUUAUGGGGCGCUGAAAUGGGAGCAAAUGAACAUGGAGUAUGCAUUGGCAAUGAAGCAGUCUGGGGAAAAGAAAAACCCAAUGACAAAGAAGCCCUUCUGGGCAUGGAUUUAGUCAGACUUGGCCUUGAACGAUCGCAAACAGCUGAGGAAGCAGUUGAUGUUCUUGCUGGUCUGCUAGAGAAAUAUGGUCAGGGUGGAAAUUGUAUGGAAGAUGAAGUCAUAUUUACCCAUGACAACAGUUUUCUGAUUGCUGACAAGAAGGAAGCCUGGGUUUUAGAGACUGUUGGUAAACAUUGGGCUGCAGAAAAAGUUGAAGAAGAAAUGCGAAAUAUUUCCAAUCAACUUUCCAUAACAACAAAGAUUAAUAAAGAGCAUCCAGAACUGAGGAGUUAUGCAAAAGAUCAAGGCUGGUGGGAUGGCAAAACAGAGUUCGAUUUCACUGCUGUAUAUUCCCAUCAAGACACUACUCAAAUGAAUGAAACUGAUAAUCGACAUUGUACUGGCCUCCAGCUUCUUAAUAAGCAUAAAGGAAAUAUUACAAUUGAAACUAUGAUGGAUAUUUUGCGGGACAAAGAGAGUGGUACCAAUACGGAAGGAGGCUUUAUGACAACAGGGAGCAUGAUCUCCAUUCUACCUAUGGACAGCAGCCUGCAUUGCAUUCAUUUCUUUACAGGGACACCUUAUCCUGAGAGGUCUGUUUUCAAGCCUUUUAUCUUUGUAAAAAACAUGAGGCAAUUGCUGAAAACUAGUUCUCCUUCGUUUGGUCCUGAUGAUCCAGUAAAGAAGAAGCCACGGUUCCAGACUAAACCUGACCGAAAACAUGAACUCUACAAAAAGCAUGAAGUUGCAGCGGCAACAAUGGAAAUAAAUCAGCAAAAAGGUGCUAAACUUCUCCAAGACAUAAAAGCACUAGAGAAGAAACAAAUUGAAAAAGCAAAGCACGUACUAGAGAAUGGAAUACCGGAUACCACCGAAGUUGUUCACAUCUUUUCUGAUUGUGUAAAUGAAGAAAUAGCAAUUUACAGUAAAAAUUAGCUAAUACUUUUGAAUAUUUUGUUAGUAUCUUCGGUUUUAAUAUAUUUUAUUGCCUUGAAAAUAAGUGAUAAUAUAUAAACAUGUAAUAUGUAAGGUUUCAAAUUGCAGAAUAGCGACUGAAUGAUAAAAAUAAAAACUUGUAAAAGAAAAACAUUUAUGUUAAAGCUUUGCUAUUAGAUAAAAUCCUACUUUCUUGCAAAGCUUGAAAAAGAUAAGUAUAAUGUUAACUGAAAAUAUUUAAUGUGUUGUAGCGUAUGCCACUGAUCUGCACCAAAACAUGCUGUUUUCUGUAACUGAUUUUCCAAAUGUGGAUCAUGUGUCUGUGUAAAAAUGCUUCUUAAACAUUGCUAUCAGAUGUUUAAAGAUUUAUCUCAAAGCUCUUCUUGCAGACUUGUGGACGUGGAAACAAUUAUAUUACCUUCAAAUUAUACAUUUCUGUUGAAACUGAAGAGGGAUUUGGGCCAAAUGCUGGCAAAUGGGACUAAAUUAAUUUAGGAUAUCUGGUCGGCAUGGAGAAUUUGGAC